CCUCUUCUUUUCUUUUCUUUUCCUUUUUCAGUCCUUUUUACUAUGUAAAGCAUAAUCAUCCUAAUCCCCAAAAUACCCCCCACACCAUUAAUUCAGACCUUCAAACCUUAAAGAGUUUCAGACACUAACAACACGCUUCGUUUGCUCAAUUCUUGAAUGUAAUCUGAAAUUAAAGAGCUGGGUUUUAGAACCCAUAAUCCCAUUUGGCGUGUGCUCCAGUAUUGAAGAAUAAAAAUUGAAUCUUUAUUUUUUUUUAGGGUUCAAGAAAGAUGAUUGUCUUGUUUUUUUACGUUGUGUUGGGUGAGGGUUUAGUGGCAUUGCUACUAAUGUUUGAGAUUGGGCCGCUGAGAGAAUUGGGAAUGAAGGGUUUGGAUCAGGUUAAGAUGAGAAGGGCUACUGUUUUAACUAUUGCUGCUACUGUGUUCGUCAUCCUUUUAUCAGAUUUAUUCAGCAUUUUCAAGAUUCAAAACAAGGGCGCUAAGCACGGCGCAAUGACGCCGAUGGAUCAGGUUCUCUGGCGGACCAACGUGCUCGAGGCUACUCUCAUGGGUUUUUUUCUCUUCCUCGGACUUUUAAUCGAUCGAAUGCACCACCACAUGAGAAAACUGGACGAACUGAAAAGCAGUAACGGAGUUUCAAAGGAAGAAUUCGACAGAGUCGAGAGAGAGAAAUUACAGCUGAAGGAGAAUCAAGAAAAAACCGGUCUCGAAGUUGAGAGAUUACGCAAAGAAAUAUCGGGUUUGACCGAAAAUGUGAAGAAGCUCAAAUUGGAGUCAACCGAAAAGGACAAAAGCGUCAAAAGUGCAGAAGCUCGUGUUGCUUCCCUACAGAAGCAAACGGCGGAGCUUCUUCUUGAAUACGAUCGUCUUUUGGAAGACAAUCAGAAUCUUCAGAACCAAGUUGAGAGAUAACUAUGUGGUACUCUAACAAAUGAUUAAUUAUUUCUAAACUAAGAUUACUUAAGUAAUUAGGGUCUUAAGUAUUCUGUUCUUCUCUCAGUGAUGAUGUUUCUUGAAUUCAGGAAUUUUUUUGACAUUUUUCUUGGUUUUCUUGUAAGUGACAAGGCGAUUAAUUUAAUUUAAUUCA